AUGCAUUCAUUAGACGCGCCGAGUGGUGUCGUACACGAGGACACAUUCAAAACAAUUUAUGCCCGAUUCUUCCCCAAAGGCGCUGACACUAACCAAUACGCUCACUAUGUGUUUAAUACAUUUGACCCUGAUAAAACCGGAUCCAUCACCUUCACUGACUUUGUGAUAGGACUGUCAGUAUUGGCCAGGGGUUCAAUUCAGGACAAACUUCGCUGGACUUUCAGUCUCUAUGAUAUCAAUAACGACGGAAUGAUCACUAAAGACGAGAUCUCGCAUAUUGUGGCCGCGAUUUAUGAUUUGAUGGGAAAGUCAGUCGAGCCUAUGAUCGAAGAAAACACGUCCAGAGAUCACGUCGAGAGAGUUUUUCAAAAACUGGACCUCAAUAACGAUGGAUUUGUAACAGUCGAUCAAUUCCUUGAUUCUUGUCUUAAAGACGAGACGAUAACGCGUUCACUCGAAGUAUUCAAUACAAUGCUGUGAUUAAUAGAAGACACCAAUAGUUAAAUGGAUUUCGAGCUCCAGUUCUGUGAGGCAUCACAUCAUUAUAUUGUAGACCAAAAAACCACUAUAUGUUUACAUCGAGAGAUGAAUGUUUGAUAUUUAACUAAAAUAUAUAUUAAGUUUUGCUCACAGAAUAUAUAUAUUGUAUAAUGUUUUUUGAAAACGACUGAUCCGUUGAACAAAUAAUAUAUAAAUGAAUUAAUCUUUUUUAUAUAAUGAAUGAUAUAUUGAUUGAUAAAACGGCUGACGGAUUGAAUGCAAAAAACUGGAGUCAUAUAUAUUUUAAAGAAAAAAACGAAAACAUAUUAUAUAAUGAUAAAUGACAUCAACUGAUCAUUUGAUUGAACCAAACAAUGCCAUUAAAUAAUUGUUUGUGAAUUUAUGCAACAUAUAUAAUACGAUAAGACAAUCCAAAUCCGUGUCAUUUUGGGUACAGAAUCGAUGAUUCGGACCAUUGAAUACAUGAUAAAACAGUCGCUUUUUGUCAUGAAUACUGGCAUUCCUUCCGGACCACAGAAUCACUCAAGAAUUAGCUCUCGAUAUCUCUAUUGAUAACCGAUGGGAGAAAUAAAGCGAUUAAAUCUAUCGAUUUAAUGGAUUUUUAAUUAUAUAAAAUCAUAUUUCAAAUAAAAAUUAAUCUAAUAUUUAAUUCAAUUAUAACAACAAAUAUAUUUGAAUUCUUCUAUUGUAAAGC